AUGGAACCUGAAUUGUGGAACAUGCAUAUCACAGAGAAGGCAGAUAUAUUUAGCUUUGGUGUUAUGGUGAUAGAAAUUGUCAGCGGAAAACGAAGCAGAGAGCUUUCAGAAAACGACUUGUUUUCACUGUUACAGGUUAAGGCAGAGGAAGGCAGGCUGUUGGAUUUGGUCUAUCCGGGGCUUGAAAAUGAGGAAACGGGCAUAAAAGAGGAGGCUGUAAAAUUGAUAAAAGUGGGAAUGUGGUGUGUACAGGACAAUUUUACGAGGAGAACAGGGAUGUCCAUUGUGGUGAAGGCGUUGGAAGGUUUAAUAGACACGUUUAAUGAUGUUCUAUGCGCGUUACCAGGGUCAACAGUUUCUUCUUAUCAAGAUUCUCUCCUCUCAUCCGAUUGUCUUAUGCUCCUACAGCUUCCGUAUUAUCUGCACCUAGAUAAUUUGUUUAUUUGCCUAUUUCCCUCUGCAUGUGUUCCUUUAGCAACAACCUCUGGCCAUUUCUAUUUGUAUUCUAAUCGCAGUCCUCCUGUAAUCAGGCAAUUGCAAUUAUUAGAUAAAAUAAAAUAG